UCGUUCUUCUUUCGGAUUGCGGGGACCAUGCACCUUCUUCCGCCUGCACGAGUAGUUGCAUAGGGUAAUUUAUAUACACAGAAAAGCUUGCUGUAACUCAGACCUGGGCUACUGCAUUGUAUUGUUACGUGUAUGGGAUACCGUGCUGCCCUGACUUUCCAGUCUGCCAUCUGGAUCUCCUGAUUUGAUGCAUCCCACCCCCCCGUUUCUAUUGUCGCUUUCCGAUUCCGAUUCCGCUCCGUCCCCCAUCUCCGCCGGGUUUUAUGGGUAUAUGUUACUGGCACAACAAUGGGGGAGAGCCAAAGAAACCAUGCUCACCACACCCCGCGGUCCGAAUCGUUGGGCAUGUUCGACGUGCAAAAAAGGCAAGCACAAAUGUUCACCACACCAGGAUAUCACGGGCAAGUGCGAAAGGUGUGCGCGCUUGAGGAAGGAGUGUACGCGUUCGCCUUCAAAAAAUCCACAAAGCACCAAUGCCCUCGCUGUGGAAGCUUCGUCUCCAGCGCAUACGUCCAGCCAUGGGACGUCGGAACGCAACUCGGUGGUACCGGCGAAUCAAUCUCUUCCCCCGCCUCCACGUCAAGGCACCAAUCCAUUUUUGAACCUUCUCAAGCUGGUCUCAAGUCGUGGAAGAAUGACAAUACGCGAGGUCCACGACAGCGCGCUUGACCGGGGCAUUGAAUGGGCAGCCGCGAAUUUUGGGGGAUUCGAUGCGCGAGCAUUCCGGAUGGACUGCUCUGCAGUGACACAUGCGGACCGUCAUUACCCUGUCCGGGCAUGCCAUUGGGCCCUACUUUUAAGGCAGUUCUGUUCAGACCGGAUGCUGAGCAAGGAAGAAGCUGAAAUGUUUGUGUCGGAUGUUCUGCGGGCCUGGUUCGACGACUUGAGAUUCGGCACCCGUUGGACUCUCGACGCGAUUUCAAUUCUCCUCAAGCAUCUUCGCGAGACGGGGGAUAUUAGAAGCAAGUUUGGAGGAGUGGAGUAAGUUACCAUUGUGUUCUGUUAUGUUCAUUUAAGGUUUCAUUGAUGUUAGUGGUGUUGGUGGCGGCCAGUGGAGCGAAUCACAUCUCAAUUGAAGGCCAGAAUAGCGGGGCCCGAGGUAGGCGAUUCUGAUAGCAUAUUCUCAACUCUAAUACGUUCUUUAGCCCCCCUGUCUUCCGCUCGUCUUCCUAGUCAUCCCACAGAGCACCUUGACUCCGAAAGAGAGUUUGGAGGGGACAUCUCGUCCUUGGUUUUCCACAUGACAAACAUGUAGGAUGGGAAGCUGGUUGAAAAACCUGGAG